ACCCACAAAACCUCCAGUAAUAAGCAGAGCGGGGUUUGUUCGAGACCGCUCCUGAGACGCUGCUUUCACAAGGCUGGCUAUACCUCACUUUUAGUCUGCUCCGAUUUCUCCUAGGGUGUUCACGCCGUGCGACUUAGGUAACGGAGGCGUUUUGUCUGGUUUUUCGCCAGUUCGUCCCGUCUUGAAACUCGCAAGGUAUCAAAAUCACGAUGAACGAAUCUUCGCCAGACCUCACCGAUGGCAGCGCCACCUGGCUGGCGCAGAGCCACUUCACCCUUGUGGAUUACGCCAUCCUCGGCUGCGUCCUGGUCUCGUCGGUGGUCGUCGGCGUCCUCGCCGGCUGGAGGAAGUCCUCCUCCUCGACCAAGGUGUUCUUGGUCGGGGGCAGGGACAUGAACCCCGUGGCCGUCUGCCUGUCUCUCCUCGGGGGCGUCGUAUCGUCCAUCUCCAUUCAAGGGAACUCCACGGAGGUGUACCUUCACGGGACGCAAAUCUGGCUGAACCUUCUGGGCUGCUUCUGGGGAAUCAUCGUCGUCAUGUUCGUCAUCUUGCCCAUUUUCUACCCUCUGAAUUGUGGGUCGUUGUGUCAGUACAUCGAGGUGCGCUUCAACUCCCGUCCCCUGAAGAAGCUGGCCUCCCUCACCCAGAUCCUGAACAACAUCAUGUACCUGGGCGUCUGCCUCUACGCCCCCUCGCUGACUUUGAGUUCCGCCCUGGGCAUUCCGACCUACGUGGCUGUGGCGGUGUUUGGCAUCGCCUGCGCCAUAUACGUCACUCUGGGCGGCAUACGGGGCGUGAUCUACACAGACAUCAUCCAGACUCUCAUGAUGUUCGUGGGUGUGUUCGUCGUCAUAGUGCAGGUGGUCUCCGAUCUCGGGGGCGUCCCCGAAGUGUGGAACAUCGCCGAAAGAGGCGGAAGGAUCGAAUUCCUCAAUUUUGACUUUAGUCCUUUGGAGCGCCACACGUUCUGGUCAGUGCAGUGCCUCGGGUUCUACUUCGUCGUCAGCACCAUUGGCAUCUCCCAGACGCAGUAUCAGAGACUGACGUCAGUCAGCACGUUGCCGACGUCACAAGGGCUGUGCGUUGCUUUCCUCGUCGGGUUGACCAUUCUUUGGUCUCUGUUUUACUUUUCCGGCCUAGUGGCAUACGCAGCUUACUCAGACUGCGACCCCGUGACGAGUGGGCAGGUAGAGAAGGCCGACCAGAUCCUGGCGUUCAUGGUAGGAGAUAAACUGACCCACAUCCCAGGCAUGAUUGGGCUUUUCGUGUCCGCUGUGGCUGGAGCCCUGUUGAGUUCCCUUUCGUCCUUUGUGAACUCGACAGUUGUCUUACUGUGGGAAGACAUCUUCAGUGGCUGGGAAUUCUUCAGCAGAAUGUCUCCCAAAACGACAAUGCUCCUCACACGCACACUCUGUUGCGUCAUCAUAGUGGUAGCGGUGGGGUCAGCCGUGAUCAUUGAGAAAUUCGGGACCCUGUUCCAGGCGGCCUACACCAUCUCCGGGACACUACUGAGUCCUUUCGAUGGUCUCUUCUUCACGGCCAUCGCCGCCCCCUGGGUCAACGUCAAGGGAAUCAUAAGCGGGUUCCUGGCAGCCAUGUCCUUCAACAUGUGGCUCAGCAUGAGCAGGUUGGCUCGCGGAGCCGGGAGCACCGUGGCCCUGCCACUAGCGACAGACGGCUGCUACCCGGAUUCCGGAGCGUUCCCAGAGGUUGGCGCGAUGAACGGCUCCCAUUCCCAUCCGUUCCUCUUGGCGUCGUCGGUCUCCAACGCUACGAUCGAGACUUCGCUUCGUUCACCAGAUGACGGAAACUCUUACCCAGCCAUUCUUGACGUAUCGUAUUGUUACAUCGGAUUGAUGGGUAUGAUUAUAGUCUACGUGGUGGCCACUAUAGUGUCACUCAUUACAGGGGUGACGAAGCCGUCUGAAAUCGACCAGCGACUGGUAAGCAAAACAUGCUUCCGGUUGUACAGCUGGCUAUACAGCUGCCUGUCUCCAGCACAGACAGACCCUCCCAAAGCCGAAGUUUCUUCGCAGACCUCGCCCUCGGCACCGACCGAAGUCAGACCGAGUAAAGCAGAAGCGCAGAUCGAAGAUACCGUCGUCAAAAUUCCCUCGUAUUCGAAGGACUCCUCUUGCUCGUUAUAGUUGGGCUGAAGAGUUCUGGGAGAGUUCCUGGGAAGCUGCCAGAAUUCUGCAACUCAUACUCGAUGAGGUGAACGUCUUCCCUCCGUUUCGCGCCCGUUUCCGCCUUUUUCGAGACCAAACUUGAACGUCAAGUAAAAAAAAAAUAAAAAAUAAAAAUAAAAGCGGGCUUCGACAGUCUCGUUUUGACAUGCCGGUAAUCUCUCCACGAUUUGUACUUUUUUAUUUCCCCAGAAACGUAGCGAAUCCUUCGUUGUCCUUCAAAACAUUCCAAAAAUUGUUUUGACAUUCAGGUAUAAGCCUCUAGAGGUCACAGAGCUCCCUACGCGGGGCCACAUUCCUCUUAGUAGAAUGGUUCCUAAAAAUUUGUAUUGUAUUUUUCCAAAUAAAUCUGCUCCUUUCUUGGCUUCACCUUUGUACGCUUAAAGGUUCUGUUCUGUUGUCGCACAUUACCAUUACAAAUUUAAUGUAAGUUUUCCUUUAAUUAUUAUUGCCUCUUUUAAUUUUCUUCCUGAUUGUCAGUAAUUAUCUCAGGUUGAUAACGUGACUUUCAAUGUCGUCAAGGACAGACGAAGAGCUAAAUUUAACACCAUUCAAUGCACUGCACUGCAGGGGCGCGCCGCUCGCCGAAAUUCGAGGAAUGAUCGAAAUCAUUAGCAGUUUUCAACUGUAUUAUGUCGAAAUAAACGUAUCCUAAAACUUUAUUGCUAAAUAUAUAAAAUAUAUAAACUUUAUUGCUAAAUAUAUAAAAUAUAUAAAAUUAAUAGUCACCCACUAAAACAUUCCAUUCUCUCUAGCGGUAGCGUCAUGAAGAAAAUGGUUAUGACAUUGGGAGAACUUGUCCAAGAGGUCUUGAGUCUCCCAGGAUUCUUGAAAGUCAAAAAAAUUAUUUGUUUUGCUGUUUUCUCAAAACUUACGUUUUUCGAUACUAAAUGCUUAUGCUUCCAAGAAGAGUGUUUUAUAUUCAGUGAAACUUUCACAGAGUGUAUGUAGUAUAACUAUAUAUCUUUAUUUUGUCGUCUGGAAAAUAAUGUUUCUGUGCAAUGUUUUUUUCAUAUUUUUCUGAAAAGUGACGCCAUUAUUUUUUUCAAUUGCAAAACAAUUGAACUUAAGUCGAAUUUUUAAAUUUCCCAGGGAGAGAAUUUUCAUUAUUAGUUGUACAAUAAGUGGUAAGAAUUUGAACCAAAUCCAUUCAAUCAUGAGGUAGAAAGAGUCAUUCACUAUAACUUAUAAGUAAUGGGGUCUUAUGGCGUCAAUGCUCCCUUGAAUGCAAGUUUACUUCUAUGUCCUUCUUAAUUAAUUCCUCUGAUCCAUUUCUGCCAUAUUAACCUGGAUCUUGAAAACUUUGUAAGAGCUCCAUUUCUAGAUAACUUUGUCAGAAAUGAAGGGAAAAUAAAAUAUCAUCGAGGUUCUUGGAAGUCUAAGCAUUAUAUGAUAUUUUGUUUUUAUGUUUUGUUUGAUUGUGUUGUAAAUAUUUCACACGUACUUCUGAGCAUAUUUUGUAAUUUCACUUGUUUUCAAGAGCAAUAAAGUUUUGAGUUGGAAGAUAU